AUGGCAAGUUCGUCAUCAUCUAAUGAUUAUGAUGUGGCAUCUGGAGCAUUACAGGAUGAUUUAUUAUGGAUGCAAAAAAGUCAUAUAUCACAAUAUAUUUGGAAUGGUGUUAAUCAAAGGACGUUAAAAAUUCGACGAGCUAUACCACUGUACAAUCAUAGAGAAGCACCGCCCGAGGAAAUUAUUCCUCUAUUACAAGUUUCGGGUUUGUACCCGAUAAUGAAAUUGGCGCAGUUGAAGGUAAAUGGAGCAUUAGUUAAUGCUUUUAUUGAAAGGUGGAGGCCAGAAACACAUACAUUUCAUUUGAAGUGUGGCGAGGCAACUAUUACACUUCAAGAUGUUUUUGUGCUACUUGGUAUUUCUGUGGAUGGAAGACCUUUAACUGGCAAUAGAAAUAUUGACUGGUUUGAGUUGUGCCAUGAAUUAUUGGGUGUCAUGCCUGACGAUGAUGCAGUUGACGGGAACUCACUUUUAUUGAGUUGGUUGACUUCUCAAUUUGCAAAUAUUAAUGAUUUUAUAGGCAACCAACAAGGGCUUGAAAGAUUUGCUCGAGCUUGGAUCUUAAGAUUCAUAGGAGGCGUGAUGUUUGUUGACAAAAGCAGCAAAAGGGUGCCAAUGAGAUAUUUGCAAUUUUUGAGAGACCUUAGAUAG